UUUGUCCAAACUCACUCUGUUCGAGCCUCGAAACGACGUCGGUCUUAAGCGUUGUGUAUUUUUUUAGUUGAGCAUAUUUUAUCGUCGUCGACGUCGAGAAGUAUCACCGCCUAGAACCUUCUCUCUUUCUCUAGAAAUCUCUCCCCUAAAGGAACUAUCGUCUACCUUCAAAAACCCAAAACCCUAAACAUACACAGACUCAAUUUCAUUCGCAUCAUAUUGCAUCUUCCUAACUGAUCUAUCGCCUCUUGAAUUUCAAACCAUGGCUACCGCCGCUCUCCUCCGUUCAAUUCGACGCCGUGAAGUCGCUUCAGCUCCUUUCUCAGCUUACAAAUGCAUUUCAAAGAGCGGGAAAUCAUCAUUCAAAGCUUCUUACAUGAGAAGCUUUUCAAGAGCAUUCAGCUCCAAGCCUGCUGGAAACGAUGUCAUCGGUAUAGACUUGGGUACUACUAAUUCCUGUGUUGCAGUCAUGGAGGGGAAGAAUCCGAAAGUCAUUGAAAAUGCCGAAGGUGCUCGAACCACACCAUCAGUUGUGGCUUUCAACCCAAAAGGAGAGCUUCUCGUGGGUACACCAGCGAAGCGACAAGCCGUCACUAAUCCAACAAACACGAUAUUCGGAACGAAGCGUUUGAUUGGGAGAAAAUUCGACGACCCGCAAACACAGAAAGAGAUGAAGAUGGUGCCUUACAAGAUUGUGCGUGCACCUAACGGCGAUGCGUGGGUUGAAGCCAAUGGUCAGCAGUAUUCUCCUAGUCAGGUUGGAGCGUUUGUGCUGACAAAGAUGAAAGAGACAGCCGAAGCUUACCUUGGAAAAUCAGUCAAGAAAGCUGUCGUCACUGUCCCUGCUUACUUCAACGAUGCUCAGAGGCAAGCAACUAAAGAUGCUGGUAGGAUCGCUGGUCUUGAAGUCGAGAGGAUUAUAAACGAGCCUACAGCUGCUGCUCUUUCCUAUGGGAUGACCAACAAGGAAGGUUUGAUUGCUGUGUUUGAUCUUGGUGGUGGGACUUUCGAUAUAUCUGUUCUGGAGAUUUCUAACGGCGUUUUCGAGGUGAAAGCCACCAAUGGUGAUACUUUCUUGGGAGGAGAGGAUUUCGAUAAUGCUCUGCUAGACUUCCUGGUAAAUGAAUUCAAGACCACUGAGGGAAUAGACCUCUCCAAAGAUAGACUUGCUCUGCAGAGGCUUAGGGAAGCUGCUGAGAAAGCGAAGAUUGAACUAUCAUCAACUUCGCAGACUGAAAUCAAUCUGCCGUUUAUCACAGCUGAUGCUUCUGGGGCAAAGCAUUUCAACAUCACCCUAACACGGUCAAGGUUUGAAACUCUGGUGAAUCACUUGAUUGAGAGGACCCGUGAUCCUUGCAAGAACUGUCUCAAGGAUGCUGGUAUAAGUGCUAAGGAAGUCGAUGAGGUUCUCCUUGUUGGAGGAAUGACCCGUGUUCCCAAGGUACAGUCUGUUGUCUCGGAGAUCUUUGGAAAGACUCCUAGCAAAGGUGUCAAUCCUGACGAGGCUGUUGCUAUGGGAGCUGCCCUUCAAGGUGGUAUCCUCCGUGGUGAUGUCAAAGAAUUGCUGCUUCUAGAUGUCACGCCUCUGUCGCUCGGUAUUGAAACACUUGGUGGUGUCUUUACAAGACUGAUUGGCCGAAACACAACCAUCCCCACGAAGAAGAGUCAGGUGUUUUCAACUGCAGCCGACAAUCAGACACAGGUUGGGAUCAGAGUGCUUCAAGGGGAGCGUGAAAUGGCUGCAGACAACAAGCUGUUGGGAGAAUUCGAUCUAGUGGGCAUUCCACCAUCACCAAGAGGCAUCCCUCAGAUUGAAGUAACAUUCGACAUUGAUGCCAAUGGCAUUGUCACUGUUUCCGCCAAGGACAAGACGACUGGUAAAGAGCAACAGAUCACAAUCCGAUCCUCCGGUGGGCUCUCAGAGGAUGAUAUCCAGAAGAUGGUGAGAGAAGCAGAGUUGCAUGCUCAGAAAGACAAAGAGAGAAAAGAGUUGAUCGACACUAAGAACACAGCCGACACAACCAUUUACAGCAUUGAGAAGAGUCUUGGUGAAUACAGAGAGAAGAUCCCGAGUGAAGUCGCCAAGGAGAUUGAAGAUGCUGUGGCAGAUCUAAGGAGCGCUUCGUCUGGAGAUGAUCUCAAUGAGAUUAAGGCUAAGAUCGAUGCGGCAAACAAAGCUGUUUCAAAGAUCGGCGAGCACAUGUCUGGUGGCGGUUCUGCACCAGGAGGAGGAUCUCAGGGAGGCGGCGAUCAAGCUACAGAGGCAGAGUACGAGGAAGUGAAGAAGUGAAGAGUCUGCGUAAAUUCUUGUCAGUUGGGUUAAAAGAUUAGGUUAGAUCAUGGUUGGUUCUGUCUCCAAGGAACUUUUUGCCUUUAAGAACAAUGAGCAAUGGAUCUGUUUCUGAAAUAAGCUUUUGUAGUGAAUGAAACCUCUAAUGUUUCACUAUUAAAACACUAAUGUUUCUUUAUUUAACACAAAAACGUUUGAAACUUCAUCAACUACAUAAUACUCCGGUUUUAA